UAGAAAGUAAAUCGAUAACCUAGCUGAGCAAAAGAAGGAAAUGUCUAGUGACCUUGAGGAGGAUGUUGGCGGAGAGGAAGAGGAAGUAAUUGCGCCUCCAGAUGAUACUUAUGCAGAUGACGAUUUUGACGGGGCCGCGGGGGACGCAGCGGCUGACGACGAGCCAACACAGGCAGAGGCAAGCUAUGCAGCUGACGACGAAUAUAAAGAGGAACCGGAACCAGAGCCAGAGCCCUCCAGGAAAGCUGUGACUGACCUCGACGAAGAGCCUUCCUAUCAAGACGAUUUUGAACAAUCUGCAGCUCCUGGUGUUUCGAAGAUGCCUGAUGAAGACGAGGACCCCGAUGCCACGUCCGCAACGAUCGACGAGCCAGUGGACGAUGGUGUUGCCGCUGAAGCCGGAACUGCUAAACUGCAGAAGUCCGCAAGCGGAGCCUCAAGGACGUCUUCAACUGCUGGGUCCCGCACAGGCAGCACUUCAGCUGCCGCAGCCGUUCCGAAAACUUCGUCAGUUACCAAACCGACCGCCGCGGCACCAGCGCCUAAGCCCGCUGCUGCCCCAAAACCAGGUGCUACCGGAGCCGCAGUUCCUAAGGCAGCAGCACCUAAGCCAACAGCUGCCGCAGCGGCUAAGCCGAUGCCAGUUUCACUUAAGCCAGCUGUAUCGAAACCGACCGCUGCGCCAGCGCCGGCGCCUAAGCCCGCUGUCCCUCGAGCGGCACCAGUAGCCGCAAAACCAGUGGCGCAAAAGCCUCCGGCGCCCACCGGUGUCGGCGCAGGCGGCCAGAAGGUCAAACUGACCUUCACAGGUCCGCCCAAUACGCAGCGCGCGGCACCCACAGUCAAGCCCGACUAUUCACACUCCAAAUACGAGGUCAAGAAGAUCAAUUCAGAUAACAUCAAGCUCUGUAAUCGACUUGUGGAGAUUUCCCGCGCGCCGCCUAAUCCUGCCUACAACAAUGCGCUGUCGGUGGGAAGCGCGGUGGUGACUGGCAAGCUGGCGCCGGCCAACGUGGCCGCGGCGACGGUGAACCGGCACCGGAAGGAGGACAAGAUUGCUCAGGAGAAUUUGGCGCUGUACAAGCGGCUGCAGGCCGUGAAGCCCUCCCCAACGAUCAACCGUGAGGUCCUUAACAAGGAUUAUGCCAAGACAGUAGCCUACGGCGAGAACGCCCGCAAGGUUAAGGCCCCGCCUCCGCAGCAGACCGCUACCAAUGGCGGUACAUCUACCGCCAAGCUCGCCGCCUCCUCUGGCUCGGCUCGCCAGCCUGUCCCUGGCAGCGCUGAGCAUGUCUACAGCCGGCCCAGCGCGACGGGCAGUGACGGAGGCUCCCUGGUUGCGCCGGAUCACGACGGCAGCGGGACCGCCGCGGCGGACCUGUCGACAGUGAUGGAGGGGCCGGAGGGCGAGACCUCGGACGUAGCAUACGCCGCCGCCGCGGCGGCGGCACCGCCGUCAGCCGCCGGCGACCUUGAGCCUGAGUACAGCAUGGACCCUGAGUUUGACCAGGCGCCUACUCCUCAGUUUGAAUGGGACGGGGGAGUGUACUGGGUGCCGAUAAGCCUAGUGCCGUACAACCUUCCCUGCGAAAUACUGCGGGGUGACUGGCUGCACCGGGGCUGAGCCCGCUUCGGCAUCGAAGGAGCUGACUACCCUAGCUUGAUCGACCUGGCGUAGAUUGCUUCAAUUUGAUUCGGCACUGCAACGAGGGGAAUAUGCAGUGCGCCGCAGCACAGGCGCGUCGAUGCAUCAGCACGGAUAUACCGCAGAACAUACACUCCAUAUGUUUGCAUGUCACUUCAAGUUUUUUUCCCUUU